UAGUAAAUUCAAAUCAAUAACACAUUGAAAAUGAAUUAUCUUCAAGCAAAAGUCCAACAACUAAACUUCGUAAUAUUUUGUUUUAUUAAUUCCUGGAUCGGUCAUAUAGCCGCCAUUACGGGGGAAUAUGGUAAAGACUGGAUCUAUUUUCCGGAUGGAGAUGGUAUACCACAUUUUGUUAAUUUAUCAACAUUUACAUAUUCUUCGAUGAAAACGGAACAGGAUAUAGAGUUUAGAUUUUACAGCAUGAAAGACCCUGACAAUUAUAUUGUUUUGGAUGAAUCGGCAAUGCUCACAGAUGACGCGAUGGGUGUCCUUUUUAACAAUGCCCCAUUAAAAGUUAUAACCCACGGAUGGAUGUCAAAUGCCGACAAAAGCGCUGUGAUGAACAUAAAAAAUUCGUAUUUCAUUGCACGCACCAACGUCAACGUUAUUGCUGUGGACUGGAGUGGAUACUCAAUGAACUAUUAUUACAUGUCGGCUGCAAGUCAAACAAAAGCUGUUGGCCGCAAAAUAGCUCAAUUUCUGAAUUCAAUGCACAGGAAGUUUAACAUUUCCGGUGAUCAAAUGCAUCUAAUUGGACAUAGUCUAGGCGCACACGUAAUGGGAAUUGCAGGUUAUGAGUCGGAAAUCAAAAUUGGCCGAGUCACAGGCCUUGAUCCAGCAUUACCAAUGUUUGAAAAUAUACAAAAUCAAAAAACAAGGCUGGACUAUGCGGAUGCAAAGUUUGUAGAUGUGAUUCAUACGUGUGGAGGAGUACUUGGCUUUUGGGAUGCAAUUGGUCAAGCUGAUUUUUAUCCAAAUAAUGGAAAGGCACCCCAACCGGGAUGCAACAUUCAAAAUAUAUUUCACUGGGAUGCUUGUAGUCAUGGCAGAGCGCAUAUUUACUUCGCUGAAUCCAUUAUAAAUCCUAAAGCCUUCCCUGCGUACCGAUGUAAUAAUUGGCGAAGCGACCUGGAAAAAGCCUGCCCGCAUGUGGGUUUCAUGGGUGAAGCUGCGGAUUGGAAUAUGAGAGGCAUAUUCUAUUUGUCUACUAAUUCUGAAGAACCAUUUGGCAGAGGCAUAAUAUUAAGGUCGUAGCCUGGAAUUAUUCAGGGAGAGGGUGCGAGCUCUGGACCAAAGCUUACCUUGGAAAAUGCAGCUUUAUGUGACGAAGUCGCUAAAAUCCAGGAAAGUAUUUUAAUCGUAAAAGAAGAACGAAAGUUUUUACUAAGAAAACUGAUGGAAUAUGAAAGUGACCCUGAUAUGGUAAUGACCUACCAGAGGAGU